AUGGAGCUUUUGGCCCUUAAGUGGGAGAAAUCCAGAGAGUACUUGUUGGGCCACAAGUGUUUGGUUUACAAGGACAACAAUCCACUCAGUCACUUAUCAGCCAAACUUGGUGUUACUGAACAGUAUUGGGCAGCCCAACUUGCCUCCUUUGACUUUGAGAUAAAGUAUCGGUCUGGGAGAAGCAACAGGGACAUAGACACAGUAUCUCGUCAGCAUUCACCUGGCCCACAGGAUGUGGAAGUGAUUCUCCCUGGCACCUCACUACCUAAACUCCUUCAGCAAGCUUUGCAACUGCAGAAGACUCCAGUAAUCCAAGUUGCUGUUACUGUCUUACCUCAGUAUAUAUUCUCGGACAUUCGUGCCCUUCAGCAGGCUGACCUGGUCAUUCAGGAAGUCUUCGUGUUCUGGAGACAAAAACAGCAUCCCAGCUAUGAGGAAUGGAAGCAGUUAUCUCAGUUUGCCUUGAUACUACUUCGGCAGUGGGAUUGCCUGGUCAAAAGAAAUGGAGUCAUACAUCACCAGGUUGAUCACCUUGAUGGUGUGAAAGUGAUGUUUCAGCUGCUGCGGCCUGCUGUUUUAACAAAGGUUGUGCUGACUCGGGUUCACCAGGAUCAUGGCUAUCAAGCUGUGGAGAGGACCUUGGCCCUCCUUCAGUCCCGGCGUUACUGGCCAGAUCAGGACUGCAAUUUUGAGAACACUCUUAUUCAGCAGCUUUAUGGCUUUUAUGGGAUUGAGAAGUCUCACACAACCCCAUAUCACACAGUCAGCAAUGGCCACCUGGCAAAGGGAGAAAAUUGCCAUAUUGUGGAAAGCCCAGAGGAUCCUCUGCUAUCUAAAGAUGGAGAUGUGAUAAUGGGAGCUAUUUUUUCAGUAAAUGUGUGUCCGCAGAUGGAGGCAGUGGCAUAUACUGUAAAGCCUCCACCUUUAAACUGCAUUAGAAUUAACCUCAGACAACUACGUUCUGCUCAGACCAUGACUUUUGCAAUUGAGGAAAUCAACAAAAGCAACACUUUGCUCCCAAAUAUUUCAGUUGGCUACAGAAUUUAUGACAAUUAUCACUCAAGCUUGCUAUCUAUGAAAGCAGCCAUGGCAUUCAUGAAUGGUAUGGACAGAAGAGCAGAUGGUACAUGCUCUGGACAAGCAGAAGUACAAGCCAUCAUAGGGGAGUCAGGUUCUUCUCCGACGAUAGCUCUCACAAGAACAAUUGGACCCUUUAAAAUCCCAGUGAUAAGUCAUGCUGCCACAUGUGAAUGUCUGAGCAACAGAAAAGAGUACCCCUCUUUUUUUAGGACUAUAGCAAGUGACUACUACCAGAGUAGAGCAUUGACAUAUUUGGUCAAGCACUUUGGCUGGUCAUGGGUGGGAGCUGUGAACAGUGAUGAUGACUAUGGCAACAGUGGUAUGGCCAUUUUUCUGAAUGCAGCCAAAGAGGAAGGAAUAUGUGUUGAGUACUCUGUUAAGUUUCAGAGGUCAGAUCCUGGGAAGAUAAUAAAAGUGGCUGAUGUUAUUCAGAAAGGCACUGCCAAAGUAAUUAUUGCAUUUCUCACCUAUGGUGAAAUGAACGUUCUAACAGACCAGCUUAUUCUAAAGAAUGUCACUGGCUACCAGAUGAUUGGUGUUGAGGCAUGGAUCUCUGCUGUUGAACUAGUAACGCCAGGAAGUUACAACAUUUUGGCAGGAGCCAUUGGUUUUGAUGUGGGAAAAUUGAACAUUGGUGGUUUUGCUGACUAUGCUGUCAAUGGGUUUUGGCGAACAGCAAUCCCUUGCUUAUAUACAGAGGGAAAUGUUUCUCAACCUGAAAGGGCCUGCAGCAAAUAUGAAGAUCUUAUUCAAUUUAAAAACUACAGUAAGGAUAUAUCAGAAUUGAGAUAUGCAAAUAAUAUCUACAAUGCAGUUUAUGCUGUAGCACAUUCUCUGCACAGCCUGCUGGGAUGCACAGAAAACCAGAGUUGUGAGAAAGAGAAAAUAAUACAACCAUGGCAGGUUGUUGAGUCUUUAAAAAAGGUCAAUUUUACUACCAAAGUAGGAGAUCAAGUUUGGUUUGACAGCAAUGGGGCAACAGCUGCAAAAUAUGAUGUGCUCAACUGGCAACGAGGGCUCAAUGGAGAAGUGGUGUUUAAGAAAGUGGGUUAUUAUGACUCCUCUUUGCCAAGUGGACAACAGUUUGUCCUAAAUGUCGAGGAUAUAAUGUGGGCUGGAGAGGAAAGACAGAAGCCAAGGUCUGUGUGCAGUGAGAGCUGUCCUCCAGGAACCAGAAAAGCAGCACAGAAAGGAAGGCCUAUUUGCUGCUAUGACUGUAUACCAUGUGCAGCGGGAGAGAUCAGUAACCAGACAGAUUCAGAUAACUGCGAGCAGUGUCCAGGAGAGUAUUGGUCUAAUACUGAGAGAGAUAAAUGUGUGUUAAAGGUCAUAGAGUUUCUUUCAUUUACUGAAGUUAUGGGGAUAGUACUGGUCAUUUUUUCUUUGUUUGGAGCUACAUUAACUGUUCUAGUCGCCAUUUUAUUUCUAAUAGAAAAGGACACCCCCAUUGUUAAGGCGAACAACUCUGAGCUGAGUUUCCUGCUGCUGUUCUCCCUGACUAUGUGUUUCCUCUGUUCGCUUACUUUCAUUGGUCGACCCUCUCAGUGGUCCUGUAUGCUACGCCACACAGCAUUUGGGAUCACCUUCGUCCUCUGCAUCUCCUGUGUUUUGGGGAAAACAAUAGUGGUAUUAGUGGCUUUCAGGGCUACACUUCCAGGCAGUAAUGUCAUGAAAUGGUUUGGGCCUCUACAACAGAGAUUUAGUGUACUUGCAUUUACAUUUAUACAAGUCCUGAUUUGUGUGCUUUGGUUAACAAUUUCUCCUCCUUUCCCAUAUAAGAACAUGAACCACUACAAGGAAAAGAUCAUAUUAGAAUGUAACUUGGGCUCAGCUCUUGGUUUCUGGGCCGUGCUGGGCUAUAUAGGAGUUCUUGCCUCUGUCUGUUUUGUUUUGGCUUUUCUAGCUAGAACGCUGCCAGAUAAUUUUAAUGAAGCUAAAUUCAUCACAUUCAGUUUGCUCAUUUUCUGUGCAGUGUGGAUCACCUUUAUUCCAGCUUAUGUCAGCUCUCCUGGAAAAUUUACUGUCGCUGUGGAGAUAUUUGCAAUUUUGGCAUCCAGUUUUGCGCUACUAUUCUGUAUAUUUACACCUAAAUGUUAUAUUAUUCUGUUUAAACCUGAACUAAAUACAAAGAAAAAUAUGAUGGGUAAAAUGGCCUCGAAAUAA